AGCGGUGCUCGGGUCCGGUAACAACAUGGCGGCGUCCGUGAGGGGCUCCUUUGGGCAAGGGUAGUGUUUGGUGUCCCUGUCUUGCGUGAUGUUGACAAACUGAAGCUUUCCUGCACCACUCGACUUAAGGAAGAGUGUACUCGUAGGCGGACAGCUUUAGUGGCCGUCCGUCUGCUCUCAUCCCCCAUAAGGAGCAGAGUCCUUUGUACUGACCAGGAUGAGCAACAUCUACAUCCAGGAGCCUCCCACGAAUGGGAAGGUUUUAUUGAAAACUACCGCUGGAGAUAUUGACAUAGAGUUGUGGUCCAAAGAAGCUCCUAAAGCUUGCAGAAAUUUUAUCCAACUUUGUUUGGAAGCUUAUUAUGACAAUACCAUUUUUCAUAGAGUUGUGCCUGGUUUUAUAGUCCAAGGCGGAGAUCCUACUGGCACAGGGAGUGGUGGAGAGUCUAUCUAUGGAGCGCCAUUCAAAGAUGAAUUUCAUUCACGGUUGCGUUUUAAUCGGAGAGGACUGGUUGCCAUGGCAAAUGCUGGUUCUCAUGAUAAUGGCAGCCAGUUUUUCUUCACACUGGGUCGAGCGGAUGAACUUAACAAUAAGCAUACCAUCUUUGGAAAGGUUACAGGGGAUACAGUAUAUAACAUGUUGCGACUGUCAGAAGUAGACAUUGAUGAUGAAGAAAGACCACAUAAUCCACACAAAAUAAAAAGCUGUGAGGUUUUGUUUAAUCCUUUUGAUGACAUCAUUCCAAGAGAAAUUAAAAGGCCGAAAAAAGAGAAACCAGAGGAGGAAGUAAAGAAAUUGAAACCCAAAGGCACAAAAAAUUUUAGUUUACUUUCGUUUGGAGAGGAAGCUGAGGAAGAAGAGGAGGAAGUAAAUCGAGUUAGUCAGAGCAUGAAGGGCAAAAGCAAAAGUAGUCAUGACUUGCUUAAGGAUGAUCCACAUCUCAGUUCUGUUCCAGUUGUAGAAAGUGAAAAAGGUGAUGCAGCAGGAGAUUUAGAUUAUGAUGGAGAAGAUGAAAGUGCAGAGCAUGAUGAAUAUAUUGAUGGUGAUGAAAAGAACCUGAUGAGAGAAAGAAUUGCCAAAAAAUUAAAAAAGGACACAAGUGCGAAUGUUAAAUCAGCUGGAGAAGGAGAAGUGGAGAAGAAAUCAGUCAACCGCAGUGAAGAGCUCAGAAAAGAAGCAAGACAAUUAAAACGGGAACUCUUAGCAGCAAAACAAAAAAAAGUAGAAAAUGCAGCAAAACAAGCAGAAAAAAGAAGUGAAGAUGGAAUCUCACCCUGUUGCUGAGGCUUGAGUGCAGUGGCACAAUCUCGACUCACUGCAACUUCCUCCUCCCAGGUUCAAACGAUUCUCCUACCUCAGCCUCCCAAGUAGCUGGGAUUACAGGUGCCCGCCACCAUACCCAGCUAUUUUUUGUAUUUUUAGUAGAGAUAGGGUUUCACCGUGUUGACCAGGCUGGUCUCGAACUCCAGACCUCGUGAUCCACCCGCUUUAGCCUCCCAAAGUGCUGAGAUUAUAGGCGUGAGCCACCGCGCCUGGCCCCUCCAUUUUAUAUAUAUAGGAAACCUAGAGCUUGCCAGUUAAGGUGCUUACCCAAUAUUACAGAGCAAAGUAAUAGAACUGGAGCUCAGGACCCUUAGAUUUGUGUCCAGUGCCCUUUCUACUACUUGUUGUUUAAUGUGAUGCGACCUUGAGUGGAUGUAGUCUAUAUAAAGUUUUAAUUGGUAUUUAUUAAAAUCUACUUUGGUUUUGGCUAGAUUAAUUGUUUCUAAAACCCCCCUAGGCAAACUUAAAGUCUUUUGGAGAGCACAUUAUUAUCAUAAACCUAUACCUUUUUAAAGAUUACACAUGUAAUUUGGGAAUGAAUGACAAAAGAUUGUUAUGUAACGGAACACAUCAAUUUCUGUCACUAUGGCAGCCUAGGAGUCCAAACUGAUCCCCUCACUAAAAACAACGAAAAAUGUUGGCUAUAAUACAAAAAUAUCUUUUCAUAUGUUCCUAUGACUUGCAAAAAUGCAAGGAAUACUUAAACCAGGGAAUAAGUAAAGGUAUGAACUAAGAUAAGUAAGUGGAGCGCUAGGUCAGGCUUUAACCCUAAGGACAUUUGUUAAAUUGAGUGAACUGGAACAUUGCUUUUUGAAAUCUCACAA